AUGGCCCCCAAACGGAUUCUCAAAUUCCCCCAAAGCGAAAAUGAAUCAUCAUAUGUUCUCGUCCAAGUUUCGUCAAAGGGCUCAAAGCCACUGGACCUGAAAUUGGUCGGCACAGAAGGCGAGGCGCCCUACGUGUGUUCAUUACGGCAUGACCGAGUUGCAUCUCUCCGCGUCAAAAACUGCCCCGUCUCCGAAGCCGAAUGGCAGACCAUACUGCAGUCCGUCUUCGAGCAGCAGCCGCUUCCAGAUAUCCAGGCAUCCGCCACGGUGCAAAGCGGAUCGUCGGUAUCUCUCACCAUCCGCAAACAAGUCCAAGGCAUCACUCAACGUCUCGGCGCCAUCACGCUCACCCACGACGGGGGCGAGGCCAUCGAGCUGUUUGAAUGGUGUGCCACUUCCGUCGACGCCGUCACCCAAGCCAAAGCAGCCGCGUCCGCGUCUGACGUCCGGGUCCGAGACCUGCAAACUGCUGUGGGUGAGCUCAAGUCCCAGCUGGAUGAGCUGGUCGCCGCCAAGCAGGAGGACGAGGUGGUGCUGCUGCAAAAGUUUCGAGAUUUGCUCAACGAGAAGAAGGUCAAGAUUCGGGAGCAGCAGAAGAUCAUUACGGACUUGUCUGCGAAUGACGCCCCCCGGGAAGAAGUGGAUGAGGUGGACGAGGUGGACGAGGUACAGACCGUCAAGAGGGGGAAGAAGGCGCCCAAGAGAAAGGCCCAGGCUGUUGAGAAUGAGUCCCCCGAGGAGGAUGUCGAUAUGACGGCUGAGAAGGGGGAGUCGGAGGAUGAGGAUGGGGAGAGUACGACGGAGGCGACGGCCUCUGUGGCCAAUGACGAGGACGAGGAUGAGGAUGAGGACAUGGACAUGGACAGGACGGCGGGCGAAGCUGCGCGGGAGCCAUUGCCGCCUCAAAAGAAACAAGAUGCGCCUCCGCCGCCGCGGGCUCUGCCGUUUCAAAAGAAGAAGCAGGCAGUGGCUGCGGAUGAUUCGGACGACGAUGAACUAUGA